AUGAGGUUUACUGCAGGAUCUAAAGUGUUAAAAGCUGAUUAUCCAGGAAAAAGGCAUCUAUGCAAAGCCGGUUGUGGUCAGGAGAAGUAUGCAUGGUCAUCGGUUCCUGGCAUGAUGUCCAAAGCUUCUGCCAUAACCAAUGAUUUCUCCUCCAGAACUUCGUCUGGUAUCGCCAGCAAUGGCAUCGGUAAGAUUUCAAUUAAUCUUCAGUAUUCUAUGACAGUGGGUUUCUCACGUCGAUUUCUGCUGACUGUAUUUGCCUCAAUUCCAUCAAAAUUGGGAGGAAUUUCCGUAACGAGUGUAGACUCAAGACAGUUGCUCUCAUACCAGUUGAUAAGAUCCUGCUCUGAAUUCUCACUUCUUCCCCUGUAG